AUGGCUGAUUUAUCUAAUAAGAUAAAGCGUGUGGUAGAUAAUUGGUUGCAAAUGAGUGAUGCAAUCGACUUCGAUGAUCUUGUAGCCCUGAUAGAUGCGCUCGACUGUUUGAAGAAGGACGCACAGCAGAAGAUUUCUAUCAGGAGAGCAAGCCAAGCGAGCAUGCAAACCCAUCGAAAGCCUGAAUGUGUGGGUAGUGCUAACCAAGGGGUGCGAAGGUCUUCUCGCCUCGUCGCAUCCGCUCCUCAAUAUGCUUUAACGGGCCCGCUGUUUGUCACUGAAGACGAGUCUGAGUCUGAGUCCAGUAAUGAAGACCAUGGGACACAUUCACAAAUGCUCUACGAAGAAAACCAUGAUGAACACGAAACAAGGAAUGCUGCAGCAGAGAUCCUGAUGAAUCAGUUACCCGUCAACAACAAUGGCCAUGCAGACAUAAACCUUCUUGAAAGGAAUUAUGGGCAUGAAACAUCGCAACUCAGGCAUCCCAUAGAGCAAGACAUAUUCUCUCCAACGCCCUAUACAGCAAGGCUAGUCAGUAACCAGCAUACGGAUGUACAGCCAGUGCAAGUACUCAAUGAAGCCUCGAACGCCCAAUUUCAUCGGGAAACUAGUGCCACUGCUCUAUACCAAGCAUUGGAGGAUCUAGAUGAUGUCGGAAAUCAGCGGGUUUCUGAGCUUCCACAUGCUAGUGUCGUCCAUGAGCCACAACUAGGCUUGAUGGAACAGGAUGCUCCAGAUUCAUUCUUCAAUGGAGAAGAGUUUGGAGGGACUAUCAUGAAUAAUUUACCCUCGCCUAAUCAUUUUGAUGAAUUGUUCGGAGACUUGUACACCUCUGUACAUGAAGAGGUGCCGUGUGACGUCGAGGAGGCCGCUGCAUACUCCGAGGAACAAUGUCCGACCAACCAAAAUCACACAGAAAACUUUGACGCUGAUCCAAUACUUCAAGGCUAUGUGGAUCUCGCUUGUCGCUCGGGCUUUCGCCUUCCACAAGAAACUGCAGAGGGUACAGAUUGUGUUGAUGCUCGGGAGAUUCUAUUACCUUUAGUAAAAGAAAGGCCCCUUCCGUCAAGACUCAUCCAUGGUAUAUUGCAUACGUUACUGCCCGGCCCGAUUCUCAUCAUCGAUUUUUGUUCUGGUGGAUUCGAUCCAGACGUGGUGGAAGGAGGCACCUACACCGACUUUGUAGCAAUCGUACGCCGGAAUGAAGACGCUUCGCCUCUGAUUGUGAUAGGGCUUGAGACGAGCAAAACAUUUUUUAUUGCUGAUUCCCGGUGCAAACUGGCCUAUUCAGAGACGCAAAGACAAACUGUUGAGAUUGUCGUACCAAAUCUGGGAAAUUUCGAGCACGAAGCGUUACAAGAAUCACUUCGCCUAAGGCCUUCCGAGAUAAACCGCGAGCGUUGUUUACGCAUCUUACAAUGUGUGAAUGAGAUUGGAUCUCCUCAUAUUCUUGAAUCACUCAGACUGGCGUUUACUAGGAAAGACCAAUGUCAAACCUAUUCAGCCACAGAGCGACCUAUCUUCGAAAAACUAUACCAAAUCCAUAUUUACUUGGAUAGGCAAGAAAGCGAAAGCCAUAUCUUGGUUGCUAGAAAUCGAUAUAUCAAAUAUUGUUACUUUGAGACAUAUCUGCGAGCUGUCGAAGCGCUGAAGGAAGAGAAGCGUAGUAGUACCCAAGAAAGACGAAGAGUCUCAGCUCGAAAACGGACUAUCAGCUUCAAGCAGGGUAUUUCUGAGGGGCUACCUCCUACUCCACAUACUAAAGAGAUACAUCGAGUUUACGAAAAUCUCAGUGCGUCAGAAAGAAGAAAGCGUGCUCCUGACAUGGUUAAAGAUGAGAUUUCAAAAAAAAUUGUGAAGGUACAUGGCGGGAAUGAAAAGCGGAUUCGACGCAGUAUCAACAAAUACAUCAAGGACGGGAGAGUUCUACACAAUAUUCUGAGAGGCAGGAGAUCCUUAAACCCAGCACUGCUUAUUCUAUUUCCAAGCUUUGGAUCCGAUUUGCCUUCUUUGAGUACAACUGAAUUUGGAUUAGAGCUUGAAGAGCUUGAGGAGAAGGCUCUUAAUGAAUUAACGCUGGUAGAGGCAGCUUGGUUUGGCGAGGCGUUGCAGGCGAGACCGGAGCUGCUAGAACCGGUACCGGAGGCUGUCUCUGAUCUCAUCUCGAAUACCCUGACCUAUGAUCUUGAUCUCCAAGGGCGUGAUCCAGAUAGCUUCCAGGAUUACUGUUUAAACGGCGAAAUGAAGACUGAACCUGAAAGCAAUAUAACCAACGACGAUGCAUGGCCUUGUUUAGGCGCUAUCAGCAUUAACCCUCUGUAUAUGCUUGUAUUUUGGGAAAGUUCAUGGCUUUCAACGCGGGAGUACCAUGCACUUCAUCAACAUGGACAUCAGGGGUGGCUUGUUCACGCUCGAGGCGAAGACGAGUUACUUAUUUCAUGGGAGCCUACAAUGGAGAAAAAGUCAAUUCAACACUCGCCCCAAGAUCUACUUUAUCAGUUCUCUGUCGAGGUACGAAAAAAUCGGCCUGGUUUACUUGGAUAUGUCGCGGCAAAGCCCUUACCUCCCUCUUCAAACGCGAAUAGCCGUUUUCCAGCUUUUCUAGCCUACUGGAAAGUCGCCCGAAUCACCAAGGGUCUCUUUUAUCAUUUACAGAAAACGUAUUCUAGCCAUCGGGGCUAUAUUGUACACGAGGAGCCAGGUGAAGUUUGGAUACAAUGGGAACCUACGUGGGUGGUUUACGAAAACUUGGAUGAAAGUAAGAAAGAGCAGCUCUUACCGAUAUGUCAUGAUCCUGAGGCCAUGUUGCAUCGUUUCCACAGGGCAAUCGUUCACUACUCCACGCGCUCAGUAGUAGAAAGGCGGAUUAGUAAGAGUACAAAAAAUUGA